AUGAUAGGGCGAGGUCAGCUCAGUGUAUCAGCAGCUGUCGAGAUUGCCCAGGGCAUUUCUGAGGAUGUUGACUUACCGGAUGGUGCAAUCAAAGCUUUUGCCUCUUUGGGGUCAAACGGUGACCACCCUCAGAACUGCGAAAGGGAUCUUCACCGAUGGUUGAGGAAUCUCUACGGGUUCAAACUUGAACCAUACAAGAUUUCCGUGGAGUUGAAUGUUGGAGGAAAAAAGAAGCGGACUGUUUCACUUCCUGUUCUUCUUCCACACGAAGUUCUUCGCAUGAUAUCUGCUUCACCGUUCGUGUUUGAUUCAGUAUGGUUGGGGUGCCUCGAUGAUGUUUCCAGGUACCAGUUCUGGGGGCAUAUCAAGACCCUGAGCCCGUGGAAGAACCACCCCAUUCUUCAAAGUGACGUGGACCUCGCUCGGCUGAUUGGCGUGAACAUCCAUGGCGAUGGCGCAGUCAUGAAGAGAGAUGAUGAAUGUUUUGUGUGGAGCGUGAGUAGCUGCUUUGCAUCCAGUGGGCCCAUACAAGACCCUCUAAUGAUGAAGUUUGCCGUCGCCAUCGUCCAUGAGAGGUUCAUGCUAUCGAAGCAGGUGCAAAAAAAUGUCAACGCUGAAAUCGCUAAGCUGAUCGCUUGGAGUUUGCACUAUGCAUCUUUGGGGACAGCACCCACACAAGGCUACUACGGUGAACCUUUUCCACCAAACAGCUAUAGAAGCGAAAUGGCUGGCAAAGAGCUCGCUAACGGGUGGAAGGCGUGCUAUUUUGCCUGCAAAGCAGAUCUGAAAGCAAGAAAGUACACGCACAACUUUCGACGGUACUAUCUGUGUGCACAGCUUUGUGACACAUGCCUGGCCAGCACCCGCAAAGGAACCCCUGAUGCUAUGCACGCUGGCAAUUACAACGCCGAUGCAGCAUGGAGGUUGACCGUCUUAGACCACGACACCUACGUAGCUAUGGAGAACCCAGAUACAGUCUCACCGUUCUCAUUGAUAGAAGGCUUCAACGUAGAGACUGUGGCCUACGACUUUCUUCACCAGAUUUACCUAGGGACAGCUCGAGACCUCAUCGCCUCCGGAGUUCGAACUCUCAUUUUGAGAGGAGCCUACGAUCACCUUCAGAGUGAUGACCUUGACACAAUCUUAGAUGUGGUUCAGAAAGAAAUGCACAAUGACUGUGCUUCGAAUGGGUCGUACUUACCUUGCAAACCUGUUCUUUGCACGGCCAGCAUCGGAGGGCUCUCUGACUACGCAGAAAUGUCUUCCCGGUACAAGGCCUCGACCAUCAAACUUAUGGUGUGGUGGUUAGCGAUGAAAACUUCAGCUAUUGCAGAGCACAGUGAGGACACAGUGCUCCAAGUCUUGGCGACAUGCGCUUGGUCUUUGCAACGCGUUGUUGAAAUUCAAGAUUCGGGAGGUAUGGUGUUGACCCAGACUGACGCCAAUGAUGCUGGUGAUUUGCUGCAUCUCCACAUCAAAGCCUUUGUUUGGCUUGCCCUUUAUUUCAAGCCUCGCAAGCUUUGGCUUUUCAAAAUUAGACCGAAAACCCACUACAACUUUCACAUGGCUGAAAGAUUGAAGUUGUGGCGGGUGAAUCACAACAUCUUGGAUACGUUCCAAGAUGAGUCAUAUUUAGGGAAGUUGAAAAGCAUAGCCCUCAAAGCUCAUGGGGGAACAAUGGUUCUGAGGGUGAUGCAGCGUUACCUACUGACGCUCGCUUUGUACAUGCACCACUACCAAAGCGACUGA